CAGUUCGCAAGCCAUGCGAGACACUCGUGUACGGGAUGCAUUUCUGGUGAUGUAUGUCACAUGUGUGUGCGUGCCGUCUGAGGUCACUGCUUGUGUCUGCACGAACACCAGAGAUCUCCACGGCUGCAAACAGCCACUUAAAUGGAAAUAAACUCCAGGAGUCUUAUCGGAGUCGAGGUGUUGGAAUGCACUUCACACGCUUUACAAAAGAUGAGCAGCUGACGGUCAACUGUCCUCAUAUAAGUCAGGUUCAGGCAGACGACCGGUCCAGAGGUUAAACAGCAGAGAUGAUCAGAGGACUCGUUCUUACAGGACUUCUGCUCCUGCUCUGGCAGCAGAUGGAUGUACGAGGCCAUACGUUGAACAGACACCUACCAGCUACCACCAGCAACAUCGGCAAGCUGAAGAGUUUGUUACAGCAGUUGGAGGAAGUCUUGGCCACUGAAGAGGUUUCUGACAGAGCCACAGAUUACGAAGACAGCAACCCGGAGAUGGAGCAGAACCCGGUGUUCAAGUCCUGGGACAGAGAAGAAGACGUCCCCGAGGACACAAACCCCGUCGACGGAUACGAAACACAGAAGAAACGUCUCAUGGAUCUACUCCUGUCAACCAGAAGUAAAAGUUUGUCUGGAUGUUUUGGAGGAAGACUGGACCGCAUAGGGUCUACCAGCACCCUUGGGUGUAACCCAAAGAAAGGUUAGCUUGAGUGAAUACAGGGAUCUUACCUCUAUAAUACACCAAUUAUUAAAUCACAAUGAACAAAUCUUAAUUAUUAUCUUAAUAUAGUCGUUCUCGGUCUUGAUGUAUUUUGAGAGAGUUACAGAUCUGUUGCUGCAGCUGAAUAUAUAAUGUGAGAUCUGUCAGAUAAAGCUGGUGCACCAUCAUUCAUCACCAGCCAUUAUUCAUGAAUUUA